AUGACCCCUCCCCUUACGAGAUGUAACAGGAUGCUGAACCAUCACUGUAGAAGGAACCCCGAGCUUCAAGAGGAGCUGCAGAUACAGGCAAAGACACUUAAUACCAAGACUGUCUACUCCACCGUUAGCAUUUCCCACUGGUAAACGACUGCUUAUGCUAGAGAUGAAUGCUAAUGCUCUUGGUGUGUACUGUCUUUGCUCCAGGCUGCAGUGGCAGCGGGGGAUGUGUACACCGUCAGGAAGAUGCUGGAGCAAGGCUACUCUCCCAAGAUCCGUGAUGCCAACGGGUGGACCCUGCUCCACUUCUCCGCUGCCAAGGGGAAGGAGAGAUGUGUCCGGGUCUUCCUGGAACACGGAGGUGAAUUCAAGGGCCUGGUGUUAGGGGGGAAAGGGGGUCUAUUCAGUCUGUAUCUGUUGUCCACAGGAGGUUGGGCGCACCUUCAUUGGGGAGGACGGGCUCCUGGUAAUGGGUGGAGCUGAAUCAGUGGAAUGGCAUCAAACACAUGGUUUCCAUGGUUUUCAUAUGUUUGAUACCAUUCCGUUUGCUCCGUUCCAGCCAUUUUUAUUAUGACGGCCAAGUGUUAGUAGAGAUACAGUGAGGGGAAAAAAGUAUUUGAUCCCCUGCUGAUUUUGUAUGUUUGCCCACUGACAAAGACAUGAUCAGUCUAUAAUUUUAAUGGUAGGUUUAUUUGAACAGUGAGAGACAGAAUAACAACAAAAUAAUCCAGAAAAACGCAUGUCAAAAAUGUUAUAAAUUGAUUUGCAUUUUAAUGAGGGAAAUAAGUAUUUGACCCCUCUGCAAAACAUGACUUAGUACUUGUUGGCAAUCACAGAGGUCAGACGUUUCUUGUAGUUGGCCACCAGGUUUGCACACAUCUCAGGAGGGAUUUUGUCCCACUCCUCUUUGCAGAUCUUCUCCAAGUCAUCAAGGUUUCGAGCCUGACGUUUGGCAACUCGAACCUUCAGCUCCCUCCACAUAUUUUCUAUGGGAUUAAGGUCUGGAGACUGGCUAGGCCACUCCAGGACCUUCAUGUGCUUCUUCUUGAGCCACUCCUUUGUUGCCUUGGCUGUGUGUUUUGGGUCAUUGUCAUGCUGGAAUACCCAUCCACGACCCAUUUUCAAUGCCCUGGCUGAGGGAAGGAGGUUCUCACCCAAGAUUUGACGGUACAUGGCGCCGUCCGUCGUCCCUUUGAUGUGGUGAAGUUGUCCUGUCCCCUUAGCAGAAAAACACCCCCAAAGCGUAAUGUUUCCACCUCCAUGUUUGACGGUGGGGAUGGUGUUCUUGGGGUCAUAGGCAGCAUUCCUCCUCCUCCAAACAUGGCGAGUUGAGUUGAUGCCAAAGAGCUCGAUUUUGGUCUCAUCUGACCACAACACUUUCACCCAGUUCUCCUCUGAAUCAUUCAGAUGUUCAUUGGCAAACUUCAGACGGGCCUGUAUAUGUGCUUUCUUGAGCAGGGGGACCUUGCGGGUGCUGCAGGAUUUCAGUUCCUUCACGGCGUAGUGUGUUACCAAUUGUUUUCUUGGUGACUAUGGUCCCAGCUGCCUUGGGAUCAUUGACAAGAUCCUCCUGUGUAGUUCUGGGCUGAUUCCUCACCAUUCUCAUGGUCAUUUCAACUCCACGAGGUGAGAUCUUGCAUGGAGCCCCAGGCCGAAGGAGAUUGACAGGUCUUUUUUGUUUCUUCCAUUUGCAAAUAAUCGCACCAACUGUUGUCACCUUCUCACCAUGCUGCUUGGCGAUGGUCUUGUAGCCCAUUCCAGCCUUGUGUAGGUCUACAAUCUUGUCCCUGACAUCCUUGGAGAGCUCUUUAGUAUUGGCCAUGGUGGAGAGUUUGGAAUCUGAUUGAUUGAUUGUUUCUGUGGACAGGUGUAUUUUAUACAGGUAACAAACUGAGAUCAGGAGCACUCCCUUUAAGAGUGUGCUCCUAAUCUCAGCUUGUUACCUGUAUAAAAGACACCUGGGAGCCAGAAAUCUUUCUGAUUGAGAGGGGGUCAAAUACUUAUUUCCCUCAUUAAAAUGCAAAUCAAUUUAUAACAUUUUUGACAUGCGUUUUUCUGGAUUUUGUUGUUGUUAUUCUGUCUCACUGUUCAAAUAAACCUACCAUUAAAAUUAUAGACUGAUCAUUUCUUUGUCAGUGGGCAAACGUACAAAAUCAGCAGGGGAUCAAAUACUUUUUUCCCUCACUGAAGGUGCUAGGGAAACACCAUGUCUGAACAGAUUCAUGAAGAAACACUGGCUCAUUCUCUAUUAAUAUCUCCUUGUUUGAUUCGAUGGUGUUCCAGGCUUCUAUGCACAUUUAGCCUGGUGACAAGGUCUGUGAAAGGUCCCCUGUCAGAAUCCAUGUUCACAAAGAAAAGGAGACUAGCGGAGGAAAUGGUUGUGACACAGCAAGGGUCUGCCAUAUGAUACUAUCUACAUGCAUCCAUUCAGGGGUUUAUAUCACUAAUCUACUCACAUAUUUGUUUAGAAUGAUAAUCCUUUCACAUGUGCUGUUUGUUUGAGAUAUAUUUCAUGUUGGUGCACCAUGACAGUGCAACCUGAAUCAAACUCCCCCCCCUUGAAUUGUUGGCCUAUAGAUGGCAAUAUAUCACCAGUCUGGGAAUGGCAGCAGUCUGUCUUCUCCACAGCUUCACUCCCAGGUCAUUCUAACAUGGCUAUAGGCUGUAGGAUGAAGUUGCCCCUAGACGCUGUUCUUGGGUCAGUUUGGCAUUUUCCCCACUAAUGGUUAAGGUUAGGAUUGGGGGAGGGGAAGCUGAUCCUAGAUCUGUACCUAGGGGAAACUUUACCCUAAAGCAGUGUGACAGUAUGCUUCUGAGCAGAGUGAAAAUAAUGUUCAUUUAAUGAGACUAUGAUGGAAUAGUGUUGCAAUUCAUUAAUUGUUUUAAUAUUUUGCUAUUAAAAUGUGUACAGAUUUGGAUUCCAAAUGAUGUAGUUGCAGUGAUGCGUUAAGUCCAGAGGGCGCUGUAGACCAAGUCUCUCAAACUGUUUUUCUUUGAAGAGCUCAUUAAACAAGUUGGGGGUUUAUUUUGUAUUAUGCGCUGAAAAAUCGAGACCGUUGAAAUGUAUGCAUAACCAACAGUGAGAGUAUGUUGUUACCCUUGACUUAAUUGUCUAAAAUAAUUUAACGAUACUGUGAAAAUAAUAUUUUUGCUGGUCAGUCAUAUAGCCUACCUAAUGGAUGCAUGUUGGAUAAGAGGGGAGCCAGCCAUUUUUAACAAGGCUGUUGAAUGGAAAAUUCCCCUCUGGAUUUAGCCUAGGCCCUAGCAGACAGUGAGGCGGUCAUUACCAGCACUCUCGGCAUUGGCUAAUUGAAAUAGCAGGACUUUAACCCCUGACCCCGCUUUCACACUUUAAUGUCUCACUGAUGCUAAUUGUUCUAAUGCACCAGCAUCUGCCGGCCCACUCUUUCCUUUCACACCACAGCAGGCUUUAAAGUGGCAAUUGGCAGUUGAAAUAAUAACACAGUGGUUCCCUGCCCCUGUUUUGGUAAAAAGCUGUGUGAUGGGGCUGGAGAACUGUAACGACCUUCAAAUUCAUAGACAGAGCUAUGGAUGCAAGGACUGACCAUCCAUGAUAUUAAAAUUAUGGUUUAAACCAUGUUUUGAGGCUAUGUAGUGUUUGUUUACAUUCACAUUGUUUACAAACGUUGGAGUAAAACAAGGUUAUAUUUUGGGUUCUGAUGGGGUAGGACAGUUGAACUAAGCUCAUGGGGCAUUUAUACGUUUUUAUAUUCUACAGAAAUCAAUGGAUACAUAUUUUAUAAAAUCAGAAAUGGAUGUAGUAACUGCAGAUCGCCCCAUUAAUCUGCAUUAUGCUGCUGUCACGCAAUCAUCCAUCCCUCUGUUUUUCUGUCUCUCUCACUUGCUCUUUCUUUGGAUCUCUCUCGCUCUCUCAGCCUGUCUCUCUCUGAGUCUGUUUGAUUGUUAUUUGUUAGUGUCUUAACUAAAUUGGUAUUUUUCUGUUAUAAUAAAGAGCCUGUAAAGACUGUCCCCUGUCUAUCUCCCCAGCUGACCCCACGGUAAAGGACUUCAUUGGCGGCUUCACGGCGCUCCACUAUGCCGCUAUGCACGGCCGUGCGCGCAUCGCCCGCCUCAUGCUGGAGUCGGAAUUCCGCAGCGACAUCAUCAAUGCCAAGAGCAACGACGGCUGGACGCCGCUGCACGUGGCCGCCCACUACGGCCGCGACUCUUUCGUGCGGCUCCUCCUCGAGUUCCGCGCCGAGGUGGAUCCCCUCAGUGACAAGGGCACCACGCCCCUCCAACUCGCCAUCAUCCGUGAGCGCUCGAGCUGCGUGCGGAUCCUGCUAGACCACAGCGCCAACAUCGACAUUCAAAAUGGCUUCCUGCUGCGCUACGCCGUCAUCAAGGGGAAUCAUUCCUACUGUCGGAUGUUCCUGCAGCGGGGUGCGGACACUAACCUGGGUCGCCUCGAGGACGGGCAGACCCCAUUGCACCUGUCGGCGCUAAGAGACGACGUGCUGUGCGCCCAGAUGCUCUACACGUACGGCGCCGACACCAACACGAGGAACUACGAGGGCCAGACUCCCGUGGCGGUGUCGGCGAGCAUGUCGGGCAUCAGCCGGCCCUGCCUGGACUUCCUACAGGAGGUCACCAGUAAGUCUGGGGCUACUGGGCUGUUAGUAGUACUAGGACCGUACCACUAGUGGAUAUAGACACUGCUUUUAAUAUCAUCUCAUGGCUUGACUGGGACUCAGCGUUUCCCCUAGAUUGCUUUAUCAGACAGGCAGAACGAUGAGGCCCUAAAAUUAACAUCCAAAGUUGAGUUAAAUAUAAUUGCCAAUGUAUCAAUAACACUUAACAUAUUAGUUGUUGGUUGUCAAAAACAUUUCUGCACAUCAGACCAGUAAAGUAUAUGAGGACUUUCUAUGAACCUGAAAAGAAACCUGGAGUCAAACAGGACGGGGCGAUGGAAACGUUUCAAUCCGCUACAAAAAGUGUUGGAGGGAAAUUGUAAGUUGAGAGGAGAAAAAUAACCUACAGAGACAGGGAGCGUUGCCAUGGCUUUAUAAUGACCAGUGUUCUGUUGGGGGGGGGGGAGGGAGUGGCACGAUGUUACCUGAAGCAGUAAUGAUUUUAGAGAGGCACAAUGCCCUGCUGCAUUCCUCUGUGUUUCUCACUGAACUUUGAUAUGGAGAUAUCAAAGAGCUCUCGGGUGCGUCCCAAAUGGCACCCUAUUCCCUAUACUGUAUAUUCCCCAUAUGGUGCUGGUCAAAAGUAGUGCACUAUGUAGCGAAUAGGGUGGCCAUUUGGGACGAAGACCUGCUCUGCUGUUUCAGACUGACAGCCAUGUGAAGUCGGACCCCUCUAUUCAUUCAGACCGUAGCAAACGAUCAGCCAGAUCACAUAUCCCCCCUUAUUGAUUACACUGACUACCUCAGUGGAUUAACUCAUCUGCUGCAGCUAGGAGGGCCUUGUUGAAGGGAGGAUGAAUGGCACCCAGCUCUUAUGAAGCUCAUUGUAUAUUAUGCCAUAGAUGUAUCAGUGUUUCCCUUAGGUUGUUUCUCAGGUGGGUUGGGUGCGGAGCAGAGCGUCGGUCCCCCUAGCUACAUCCAGGGCUGCCGCUGCCAACACUGAAAUCUCAACUAGAUAAAUGUAGAGAGAUUAAAUGGUAACGAGAAUGUAUGUUAAAAGUUGAAAUACAACCUAACGUGAUUUCACACUUACCUUGGCUGAAGUUGGUUCACCAACACAGAUAUUUCACCUGUAGUCUAUAAAUGAUUGUCUGCAAGCCUUUGGUUUUUAUUUUGUCUUUUUUAAAGGAGAACUGUGACUCAUCUUCUGAAUGAUUUCUCUUUAUUUAGACAGAAUGUGGAUGAAGGGGUAGCCUAUAGUUGAAGAGGGGAGAAAGUGUGAUGGUGUCUGGUCUCGGUAGACUGCAGCACUACCACCUGUCUGCGAUUUUUUAACCAAACCUUUAGUUCAGUUUCAGCUGGAGCAAGGAAAGGACAGCUUAGUUCUGGUGACUAGAGACAGAGAGGACAGUAUGGUUGUGGUGACUAGGGUGAGUGGGAGGAGGACAGUAUGGUUGUGGUGACAGACGGGGAGAGAGGAGGACAGCAUGGUUGUGGUGACAGACUGGGAGAGAGGAGGACAGCAUGGUUGUGGUGACAGACGGGGAGAGAGGAGGACAGCAUGGUUGUGGUGACAGACGGGGAGAGAGGAGGACAGUAUGGUUGUGGUGACAGUAGACGGGGAGAGAGGAGGACAGCGUGGUUGUGGUGACAGACGGAGAGAGGAGGACAGCAUGUUUGUGGUGAGAGAGAGAGGAGGACAGCAUGGUUGUGGUGACAGUAGACAGGGAGAGAGGAGGACAGCGUGGUUGUGGUGACAGUAGACAGGGAGAGAGGAGGACAGCAUGGUUGUGGUGACAGUAGACAGGGAGAGAGGAGGACAGCAUGGUUGUGGUGACAGUAGACAGGGAGAGAGGAGGACAGCAUGGUGGUGGUGACAGUAGACAGGGAGAGAGGAGGACAGCAUGGUUGUGGUGACAGUAGACAGGGAGAGAGGAGGACAGCAUGGUUGUGGUGACAGUAGACAGGGAGAGAGGAGGACAGCAUGGUUGUGGUGACAGUAGACAGGGAGAGAGGAGGACAGAUGGUUGUGGUGACAGUAGACAGGGAGAGAGAGGACAGAUGGUUGUGGUGACAGUAGACAGGGAGAGAGGAGGACAGCAUGGUUGUGGUGAGUAGACAGGAGAGAGGAGGACAGCAUGGUUGUGGUGGUAGACAGAGAGAGGAGGACAGCAUGGUUGUGGUGACAGUAGACGGGAGAGAGGAGGACAGCAUGGUUGUGGUGACAGUAGACAGGGAGAGAGGAGGACAGCAUGGUUGUGGUGACAGUAGACAGGGAGAGAGGAGGACAGCAUGGUUGUGGUGACAGUAGACAGGGAGAGAGGAGGACAGCAUGGUUGUGGUGACAGUAGACAGGGAGAGAGGAGGACAGCAUGGUUGUGGUGGACAGUAGACAGGGAGAGAGGAGGACAGCAUGGUUGUGGUGACAGUAGACAAGACAGGGAGAGAGGAGGACAGCAUGGUUGUGGUGACAGUAGACAGGGAGAGAGGAGGACAGCAUGGUUGUGGUGACAGUAGACAGGGAGAGAGGAGGACAGCAUGGUUGUGGUGACAAUAGACAGGGAGAGAGGAGGACAGCAUGGUUGUGGUGACAGUAGACAGGGAGAGAGGAGGACAGCAUGGUUGUGGUGACAGUAGACGGGGAGAGAGGAGGACAGUAUGGUUGUGGUGACAGUAGACAGGGAGAGAGGAGGACAGCAUGGUUGUGGUGACAGUAGACAGGGAGAGAGGAGGACAGCAUGGUUGUGGUGAGAGAGAGAGGAGGACAGCAUGGUUGUGGUGACAGUAGACAGGGAGAGAGGAGGACAGCAUGGUUGUGGUGACAGUAGACAGGGAGAGAGGAGGACAGCAUGGUUGUGGUGACAGUAGACCGGGAGAGAGGAGGACAGCAUGGUUGUGGUGACAGUAGACAGGGAGAGAGGAGGACAGCAUGGUUGUGGUGACAGUAGACAGGGAGAGAGGAGGACAGCAUGGUUGUGGUGACAGUAGACAGGGAGAGAGGAGGACAGCAUGGUUGUGGUGACAGUAGACAGGGAGAGAGGAGGACAGUAUGGUUGUGGUGACAGUAGACAGGGAGAGAGGACGACAGCAUGGUUGUGGUGACAGUAGACAGGGAGAGAGGAGGACAGCAUGGUUGUGGUGACAGACGGAGAGAGGAGGACAGCAUGGUUGUGGUGACAGUAGACAGGGAGAGAGGAGGACAGCAUGGUUGUGGUGACAGUAGACCGGGAGAGAGGAGGACAGCAUGGUUGUGGUGACAGUAGACAGGGAGAGAGGAGGACAGCAUGGUUGUGGUGACAGUAGACAGGGAGAGAGGAGGACAGCAUGGUUGUGGUGACAGUAGACAGGGAGAGAGGAGGACAGCAUGGUUGUGGUGACAGUAGACAGGGAGAGAGGAGGACAGCAUGGUUGUGGUGAGAGAGAGAGAGAGGAGGACAGCAUGGUUGUGGUGAGAGAGAGAGGAGGACAGCAUGGUUGUGGUGAGAGAGAGAGGAGGACAGCUGGUUUGUGGUUGACAGUAGACAGGGAGAGAGGAGGACAGCAUGGUUGUGGUGAGAGAGAGAGGAGGACAGCAUGGUUGUGGUGAGAGAGAGAGGAGGACAGCAUGGUUGUGGUGACAGUAGACAGGGAGAGAGGAGGACAGCAUGGUUGUGGUCCAGCCCUGCCCUGUGUAUGUGUGAGAGAGACUCCUAAACAUUUUAAAACUGGCAAUAAGAGGGUGUUUGGCCUUGAGAGCUGCCUGAUAAUUUGGGAAAUGUUUUUGAAAGGCUCAUUGUUGUCCUAUUUGAAGUGUGGAAUAAUCUAAAGUCACAGUGAAAGUGAGCUUACUCACCAGCUGCUUGUUUCAGUUUGAUUCAGAGUCGAACGUCAUGAAUCAAAGUGAAACAAGCAAAUUGACAACACUAGACAUGCUUGUCUGAUUCACCCUGACUCACCUGUAACAGCGUGACUCCCAGUCUUCUGUUCAUCCUCAGACUUUUCUGCAAGAUUAGUUAUCAAAACAUUAGAACGCUGAACUUCAACCUUUUAUUUCAUACACACGAUUGUAGAAUGACCAAUGCUUACUGUCCUUUUGUGCAAAAAUGACGAUCCACUUUGAUAUUUUUAACAGAUGUUUUUGUUUCUUUUCAGGACAACCCAGGACUUUGCAGGACAUGUGUCGGAUAAACAUCCGGCAUCGCAUAGGCCUCCAGAGCUUGACGUUUCUGGAGGACCUGCCCAUUGCCAAGGUCAUGAAAGACUACCUAAAACACAAGUUUGACAAUGUGUGAUGACAAUAGUUUUUUUAUAUACCCCCCGAACCAGGCAGACGGACAACAUCGUUCUCUCCUUUCAUCAAAGACUAUGCAAGCAUUGUGCUACCUUCCGUUGUCUGACGCCUGGAUGAUGUGGCGGACCAGGUUUUUGUACAACCUCCAGAGGUCACUUUGUAACCUCAGUUAAACACGCGGUUGGAUGGCAGAGACAGAGUAUAUUUCUCUCUCAACCGUGUUUCCACCGCGUUAGCAGCAUUACACCUUUUGGAUCAACAACUGAAUUGGAUGGACGGGGACAGGUGGCAAUGUUUCAAGUAGGGCUUUCUUUCAAUCAUGAUGAAUGGUUGAUGAAGUGGUGCGGUCCUAAUACGUGUUGUGGAAUAAAGCUUGUUUUGAUAGAAAUUAUGUUACCCAUAAUGCAUGUCCCGUGUCAGACUUCAGUCCACAUUAUGCCAAUUAUUUUUUGGGGAUAUUAAGUGUUCCUGUUUCCGUAGACGCCAAUAUUUUUUUGCUGUGGUAAAUCUGGGGAAGAUGAGAGAGCGAGAAAGGAUUGUCAGACACAUUAUGUUUUCAUUAUUAAGAAGUUUAGAACUUCGUGGCCACAAAUGGUGCAGAAUGGGUCAAUCUUGUGAUACAUUUCAAAUAAUCAAGUUAUCAAAACCCCUUAAUUAUACAAAUAUUACAAAAGCUCAGUGUUGAGUUACAGUGGGGAAGAAAAGGUAUUUAGUCAGCCACCAAU